AGCUCGGGUUACACUAAAUGGCUUAGGCUGAGAAAUGGAAGAAUACAAAAUGCCGCGAACGUGCAGAUUGCCUCGCUGCCGAGCCUGGACCGGGGUUAGGGGAGGCGAACUAGAGCUUUUGGCAAGGGAGAAGGGAGGCAGGCGCAAGUUCCCACUCGUGGUCGUCUCCGAGUGACACCACCGAGAAAGGAGUGUUGGCCCUUUAUCUCUAAAGGCUAAGGAUUCCCAGAGACGAAUCUCCAAAGGUCGGGGGAUAAGAGGUCAUAUCCCAACCUGACCAGGCCAAGCUUCUGGUUUCAGGGUCUGGGUUUUGGGUCAGUAACAGGUUGGGAACUUCAGGCACUGCUGGGAUGAGGAACAGGAGAAAGGUCAAGGGUUAGUGAAUGAGAUGGGGAGGGGGGCGGGACGGAGAAUCCAGUCUCUCUUCACGACACCCACUCCGGAAUUGGGGAAGAGGAAAGCACCGGGAGAAAACCACCCGAAGGAAAGAGAAGCUGGCUCUUUACAAUGGGAGAAGGCGUUUAGUCCUGAACCAGGAGCAGGCCUGCGCCUGGGUGGACGCUGUAGGGUGGAACGCUCGAUAAAUGGCGAGAGUCCCAGAGACCACCAGGCCUUUCCACACCAGGAAAAAAAAAGUCUGCUCUAAGAAUCUUCAUCUCGGUCCACCAGGAGCGUCCAAAGGAGGAACAAACCAAAAUAACAGCAAGUGGAUGGGAAAGAACUUGACAACACAAAACUCAUUUACUAAUGGACUGGUUUUGGGUUUCUCUUCUCUGAGUCCACAAAUCUCUCUGCCUGAGCCCCAGGCCUAUUCAGACCUCGCGGGGAGCGGCGUCCCCCAGGAGCAGGUGGGCUGCUGCUCCGGCGCCACGCCGGUCUUCGGAGCCGGAGUUCCCAAGGGUCGAGAAUUUUGGCACUUCAGCCCGGACUUAGGGAGUCUCCGCACUGCCCCAGAGCAGUGACACUAAUUUAUUGAAGAAACACUUCUCUAUGCGCUCCCCUUCCAAAUAUUUGUAGGUAGAAUAAGAUCCUUACCGUCGUUUUGGAUGGUGAAAGAAUUCCAAGAAAGCGGCCAGCGAGUCCCAAAGUAUCUUACUCCAAGCCAGAAGGUAAACAACAGGGUUCCAGCUAGGGGUGUUUGCUUCAAGGCCUCUGUCAACCCAGCCUAGAAACCCUAGCAACUGCUAAUGCUAUCCCAUUGAAUGCUUUUUCAUCGGCUAAUUAUGCGCACCCGGUCAUUACCUGCGCAGAGGAGGCACUGAAGAGCCAAAACCCAGUCUCGGGCGCUCCUUGCCAGCGGUGUUCCUCCCGAGCCGCGCGAGGGUAGCAGCCGGCUGACUAGAGUUGCUUGUUUCCUUUAAAUUUCCAACGCAUCUCUGCUUUUCGUGCGACUUGCAUUGACACCAAAGGUUUUAUGUUAGCAGAACAACUCAAACCUUUCUGUGUGCGAUUUAAAAUGGAUCAUUUGAUUUAGGUGGUUUGUGAAUUCAUAUCAUUUUACCUCUUUUAGUGGUUUUCAGUGGGAGGUUCCAUUUUGGGAAACCUUAUAUAUCCGAGCCAAUAAUUAACAUUUAUAACAAUUGAUUCCCCAACCAAGGAAUCGAAAUAGCAGGUAGGCUCCUUGGUAUAAAGUGCAUAGCACUUUCCCUUUCCAGUUACGUGAUCUAUUGGAUUAAGCGGAAG